AGGCACCUACAGAGCAUAGAACCAUUUGAUCGCAAGAGCUGACCAAGUGAAAGUGCAACGAAGAAGGAACCAUACACACAUGCGCACUCAAAAAAAGGACGCACUAUAAAUAUAUAGCGGGACCGAAUUCACUUCUUGGCUAGUGACCGAUCCAUCAGCAUGGGUACCAAGAGUCUUUGGCUGUGUUUUUUCCUGCUGGGCGCAGUUUUGGCCCAAGAUGAUAACGAAUCAGAUGAUCCCACCUCAGAGGAACUGUGCCUAAACCGACCGGCCGACGAGUACUUCCGACUAUCAACUGAAGGAGACUGUCGGGACGUUGUAAGGUGUGAUUUUAAUAGUGAUAAUAACGGCGUGACCAGACUGGCAUCAGUUCGAUGUCCAGUCGGUUUGGCUUUCGACGUCGAUAGACAGACCUGCGACUGGAAAACAAAUGUUAAAAAUUGCGAUAAGCUCGAGAGUAAGUCGAUACGGAAGGAAUGGUGACCAUGAACGAAUGAAUGAAGCGCUUAGCGCCUUUCUGCGUCAGUAUCAGUUCCACCCAGUUGUUCCUGGUCACUUUUCCUUGGUUCAAGCAUUAAUAUUAAGGAAGCAUUUUAACGUACAGGUGUACAAAGUCCGGUUUAAAA